AUGGGAGACGACGAUUUCCAACACGAAAAUGGCAAAUUAUCCAUCGUUUUAGUCUGCGUCGGAUCGGUAGCCUUCGUGCUAAUAAUCUACCAUUGCCUCACCAUGCGAUGGUGCCACCCCCACGGUGACAGCCAUGGUCAAGGAGCACAAGAAGCACAACAACAACAUUCCUUCAGACAAGAAAUGUUAGAGAUUGAAGCAAGCUUAGAGAAUUCAACAGCCCAACUCAUCCCAGCCCAUAAGUACCAAAAGGGCGUGGGCUUGGUGGAUGACGAUGGGAUGUGUGCAGUGUGCUUGUCUCAAUUUGAAGAUGGUGAAGAGCUGAGGACAUUACCACAAUGCCUGCAUUCAUAUCAUGCACCAUGUAUUGAUAUGUGGCUUUAUUCACAUUCAAGCUGCCCCAUGUGCCGCACAGAUGCCACACCAUCACCUCAAACAUUUCACCAUCAAUCGGAUUCAGGUUCCGGUCCACCGGGUUCCGAUUCUGUGCAUCUAGAUUCAGCUAUGGGUUCCCCAUCUCUGCAGCACUUGUUUCAACCUCCUGACGAGUCAAAUACUCGAACACAGGUUAAAGCAAAUAUUGAAAGGCCUGGAUUGUGA